AUGUUUUUCAAGUCAAAAAGUGUACGAGAAAGCAAACAACUCGACGAAGGAGCCAUUGCAGCUGCCUCUGCGAUCGGUAGGGCCUUAAACUCGAAUGGUAUCACUCUCGAUCCGAGUAGACUUCCUAGGCAUUCGAGUCUUACGAAAGAUAUUAGUAGGUAUUCGGGAGUUGCAGUCAGACCUGGUAAUAGUAUGAAAGGUAUUUCAAUUAGGAAGUCGAUGUCUAUGUAUGCUGUUCAUGGUAAUAUACGGUUAGAAGGUAGUUUGCGUAAUAGAAAUAAGAAUACAAGUGCAAAGUUGGAUGGGAAUGACUUAGAUCAAUUCAAAACUUUUGGGAGGUUUCAAUCAAAUAGUAUGGCAGGUAAGGUGGUGUUGCGGGACUCAACAAGCCAAGGGAGGCAAUCGGAAGAGGAAAUGGUUACUAAAUAUGUACCAGGACCCCGAGGGUUAAUGAAGGUUACUGUUGCAGCUAACAAUCUCUCCUCUCCAAAGCAGAAUAGAACCUCAAUGGUUUAUACACAUAACAGUCCCCGCGGGUCGCUAAGGAAAUCUGUAAGGAAGCCUAUUCUCAAGGGCCAGUCUGAAAAUUGCCCGUCUAGUACUGAAGCUGCUUGCCCGGAGAAGGUAAGUGCAGAGAAGACUAGCACAGAGAAAGCUGACACAGAGAUGGUUGUAGCGAAGAAUUUUAUUUCAGCGAAUGCAAUCGUAGAAAAGGGUAGUACCGAGAAUACUAGUGUAGAAAAAUCUACUAACAAAAAUAGCACAGGGGGGGAUUCAGAGAAAGUUAACUCUGAAGCUACUGAACUGCUCAAAUCUGAUGCUGGAAAUAUAAUAAACGAUAAUAUAACACGCAAGCCUCCUCCUUCUCGUACACUACCAGAGUCUUCCUCGAAAACAAGUAGUGGCGAGGGUUAUAAAGAGAAGGAAAGCAAUACUUCGGUGAGUUUUUGGACUGCGGUUGAAGACGCUAGUGAUUAUGUUAGCCAUGUUACUUCUGAUGAUUACAAAGAGAAGAAAUUUGAGACUCAGGUUAAUAAACAUAAAGGGGGCUUACCAGCGAUUUUAAUUUCCACAAGUACAGACGUUAUUGAUGAGGUUGUGUCAGACGAUGUAAAUGUUAGGCAAACUUUUGAAAACUCUGACCUGUCCAGUAACAAUGUUCAGUAUAACGAGGAAAAAGAUGAAGAGUUAAAUGUCGCUGCUUCAAAUGAGAACCGCAAAGAAGAAACUUCACUAUCUCCUAUGAAAUCUGCUUUAAAAAAUAAUAAAUCUAAAAAAGAUCCUGUAACUACGGCAGAUGGUGUUUACAAUUCUUUAUCUCCAGCUGAAGGCGCUUACCUUUCUUUAACUACCGCUGAAAAUACGAGAAUAAAUGCUCGUCUUUCAGAUGAGCGAUUAACAUCGUCUACCUUAAGAAAUACUACUAAACGCUCACCAUCUGUCAACUUUGCGACUCCUGAUUCACCCAAGGUGAAGAAUAUCGAUGGAGCUGUAAAAGUUAGCCAACAGCAAGUCAUGAAAUCCAAGCGAGUCUCUAUCAUCGGUGAUCCUGGAGUUCAUACGAAUAAAAAGACUGGUCACAGAUCCUCUUCAACAAAUACUAAGAGAGCCAAUACUCCUGCAGCUCCAAAAAGUGUCCAUAUUGAAGAACCUAAGGAAAAGUCAAGCUUUGAUAAGGAUAGACCGAAGGUAGCGAGUUUAGGGUUUAAGAACAUGUCACUAAGAGCUGAACUCUCUGAAGAGACUGCAUUACAGCUAAACGCUUCUGUAGAGAAUCUGCCUACUGACGGCAAUGAAACCGGACCUGAAAGUUAUUCAGCUAAACAAUUGUUACUCUCUAUAGCUGGUGGAGGAUGGAAGUCUCGGUUCAGUGACUCUGAUUCUGAUAUUGAAGUUCAAACUAAUAAUACAGAGGACAAUAAUAUAAGCGAUGAGAGGGCUAAAGAAAAGUCACAGCUUUAUAAUAGCAAUGACCCAUCUAGCUUGAAAGCUAAGAAACUUUCUGAUAAGCGAAAACCAGGCAUUAAAACUACACUGCGGGAAGUUGGAGAAGAUAUUGCAGAAGAACGUUCAAAAAAGCUCGGGAACCGGAAUUCAGUAUUGUUUAAAGGAACCUUGAGAACAAAGAACGCAUCAAUGGGCAGUAUUACUGCUCGAAAUGAAAAAAAUCCACCAGCCGUUGGCCCUAAUACCGUAGGUGCGGGAACUUCCACGUAUUAUGGCUCAAAAAUUCCUCCACCGAUGAUUAUAAGCUCCCAAAAGGUAAAAGGUAAGACUUUUGGAAGCAAGAUUAAAGGACUGUUUGGUAAAAAAAAGAAAAUAUAA